AUGGAUACCUCGCUUGAUAAAUCUCUCUCGGAAACGGAUUUGAAUCAGUUUGGGACUAAAGAAACUCCACCGAGCUUCGUUAGCUCUCGAUAUAAACGCAGAGGAGAGAGUUAUACUUCGGAACUGAAUGGGCUCAAGGACGAAAUGAGAUCUAUGAUGCUAUCUUUAUUCAAAGCUCAGAAACAGGAAAUGGAGAAAAUUGCACUUACUCUAGAGGAAAUAAAAGAAACUAACAUAAGCAUUGAAAAUUCUAUAAAAUAUCUCACUUCACAAAAUGAAGAAUUUAAAAAUAAAAUUGAACAUCUAGAAGGUCAAAUAAAAGAAGACAGGCAGUAUUUAUGUAUCCUGGAGGAUAAAUUGGAGGAUUUACAGAUGUGUACUCAA